UCAAGGUCACCAUCAUGGAGGCUGAUCAAUACAGCCUGGUACAGGAAAAAGACAGGAAAGAAAACGAGCAUCCUGAAUGUGUAACAUGAGUAAUACCCCCUAACGAUGUGAGACAAUACUGAAGGGUGUCCAGGUGACAUGGCAGAGACACAUACAGGGCAGACUGCUUGGUGACAGUCGCCAUGGAGUGGAUUAAGACACGUCCGACGAGCGUGUUGUGGCAGGUGAUGACUUUGCUGCUCCUCUGCCCCUACUCCACACAGCUGUGUCCAGGCCAAUGUCAGUGCCAUGGCAACAAAAACACAGGGCAGGUCAAGGUCACUUGCGCUGACCUUUCCCUUACAACUGUACCCUUGGAUCUUCCUGACAAUACCACGAUAUUGGAUCUACAUGGCAACCUAAUUGCUAAUCUGAGUCUGGAAAACCUUGCCAAUCUUCCAGAAGGAAUUCUAGAAAUUGACCUCAGAGAUAAUUUGAUUACAGAAAUUGGUGAGGAUUUUUUUCGGAAUUUGAAACAAUUGACAAAAUUGUCUUUGGAAUCUAACCAAAUCACAGUUAUACAGUCUGGAGCUUUUGAGCAUCUUCAAAGUUUAAGAAACCUUAACUUAGCCAAAAACCAUAUGGAAGUACUACAGGCAGAGCUGUUCUAUGGACUAUCUGAACUACGCCAACUAAAUCUAAGUGAAAACUCGGUAUAUACUAUUGAGAAUGGUACAUUCCAGGAACUUAACUCCAUGACGACCUUGGAUUUAAGUUUUAACAAGCAUCUGUCUCUCAGCAACACAAGCCUGAUGGGCUGUAGUCAAGUUCACGAAUUAUAUUUACAAGGAUGUGGACUAGAUAUGAUAAAUCAGGUUCUUGAAGGCAUGACGUCUCUGCUAUAUCUUGAUCUCUCAAGCAACAAUAUUCCAUAUGUGAAUCAAUCGACAUUCCCAAAACUACAGGCAUUAAAGAACUUAGUCCUAACCAACUGCAGUAUCAAUCAACUGGAGCCAAAUUCAUUUUAUGCUUUUCCUAAACUGGUAAAUUUAACACUUGACCAUAAUCCAUUAGAAGAAAUAUUAGGUGGUACGUUUGCAGGAUUGAGCCAUCUGGAGACCCUUUCUAUCAGCAACCUUCCUCAACUCUAUUAUAUAUACAGCAAAGCCUUUGACAAGUUAACAAGUUUACGAGUACUUUUGAUCAACAACAAUUCACGAUUGGCAUAUCUCCAUUACAAUAUAUUUCAAAGUAUACCAAGCCUCUCUUAUCUUGACUUGAGCUUUAAUAAUAUCAGUCGCGCUCAUGAAAAUGUGUACAGUAGGUUCAAGAGCGUCACAGUGAAUAUUAAUGGGAACUACCUCUUAUGUGACUGCGAAUUAGAUUGGAUACUGCAAGCAAUAUAUUCUAAAUCCAUGGAUCUUCCAGUGACCUUUCAGAAUCAAGAUAAACUAAACUGUAGUUUUGAGAACAACUUGUCCAAUGAAUAUCCACUGUGGAACUUAUCCCUCAGUGACUUACAGUGCCAUAACCUAACAGCCAGACCCUCACACAACUCAUCUGUUAUGUUCUUCCCUAUUGGAAGGUCUGCCAACUUGUUAUGUGAUGUGGAAGGUUAUCCAAGUCCUAUGGUCACUUGGAUCCUUCCUAGUAACAGACAGAUUUCCUUCCAGAAUUCACAUCCACUGAUCCAUAUGGAACAUAAGUCCAAAGCGGAGAUAGAUCAGAAUGUAAAGUUACAUCCCUCGUGGCAUAACUCAGGAAGUUAUAGAUCCGAUAUUGAAAAUCACCCAGAAAGGAUUAUCAUCCUUCAGGAUGGGUCUUUAUUUAUAGAAUAUAUACUGCGAAGUGAUGCAGGUCCAUACUCUUGUGUUGUUCAGAACUCAAAGAGCAAGCUUUCCAUGCAUCUUAUCCUCAGGUUGAACUAUGAGAUUAUAACAGAAGUCAAAAUAAUGAGUCUAUUUGUAGGCCUGGCAUGUGCUGCUUCCUUCUUUAUGUUGAAUCUGAUAUAUGCCUUCACAUCUGCACUGGCACGCCGUUGUAUCAAUCAACGUCGUCGUGAUGCCAUUUUGAAACUUCUUGAGAAUCUAGACCAAUACAAGUCAUCGCAGAUGAGUCGACUUCGUGAGAAUUACAACAGUCAGUUACAGAAGAUUCGAGAUACCUACCACCAGCGUCUUGAACGAAUCAGUACUAACUAUACCUCACAGGUGUCACGGCUCCGACAAGGGGCCUCCCAUCUACGUGAGGGUGCCUCCAAUAAAGUCGGCACCAUUAGAGGUAACUAUAAAUCAGUGCGUGACAAUUACAAUAACCAGCUUGGAAAGCUGCGUGAUUACAGCUCCCACCAGUUAGAGCAGCUACGCGAGAUGUACAGCAACCAGGUGUUAAAGAUACGUGACUAUGGUUCUUUACAACUAGGACGUUUCCAUCACAAGUACAAGUUACAGCAACGACAUGUCAUCAAACUUUUAGAGAUGAUGAACAUGGACAACUGCCGUACAGUGUUCGAAACCGAAUGUGUUCAUGCUGAGUCUAUGAUAUUGUCAGAGCCAAGUCUGGACCCGACAAUAUUACCUCCAGUGGACAGUAUCAGUGUCAGUGAUGAGGAAUAUGUUACAGCCACGUCAGAGUCAUCCUCAAUUUCUAGUCAGGAUCACUUGACACAUUUAUUACCUAAGGAGGGUCAAUCAGGGGAGAUAACAGCAUCCACUUCAGGAUAUUCUCCUGAAUCAGAGGAUGUGAAUCUGACAAGCUCAGGAUACAUUCCUGACAAACAUAUAUCUGACUAUGAUGUAGAUGAUGAGAGUGACAGUAGAGGGAACGAGGGACGAGGUGAUGGUCGGACCUCAUCCUAUGUCAAUAUACAGAUGAUAGAUGAAUGCGAGGAUUAUGAUUUGGAAUAUGAAGGUGAUUACGACGAGGACGAAGUUACAGUAUGAGUGUAUAUAUAAUACAGAUAUGUAUGAAUGUGUAGUUAGAGAUACCGGAGAACUUCCCUAGUUUUACCAAAUGCAGUGUAUAUAGCUUUAAUAUUUAAACUGCCAAUAUAUAUUUUGAAUCAUGAAUACUUGUUUUACAAAAGAGUGAUUACAUAAGUUGUCUUUUAUACAAAUGAAUAUAAAUUUAAACAAGUUAUGGAACAAUUGACAUGGAAAAAACUUGAUUUCUUAACUGUGUUGAGAUAUUUUUUUAAUUAUAACUAAAGUCUUGAAGAACAUCCAGAAUUUUACAAUACGUUUAAAAGAUUGUUAGUUGAUGUCACUGGCUGGUGAUGUGGUAUUGUACCAAAAUCACACUCCAAACAAACAAAUUGGUGACCAAAAUAGGGGAAUUUAGUAUAAAGUGAAGGUCCAUGACGGAUAAAGGAUCAAUUAGUUUAAGGGUAAUGGGGUCAUUGAGUGUACCAGUUUGUAAGGGGUACUGUCCAGUGAAAACUACAAAAGUUAUUGUUUGUUCUAGGUAAGCACUGUAGUUUUAAUAUCAAACUUUUAUGUACACAUUUUCUGUCCCAUUUUUCUCACAAACACAAUUAUCAUCAUUAAAGAAAAAUUACAAAUUCAAACUUCUCAAGAUAUCCGGAAAAUAAAACACUGCAUGUUUCUCCCACAGGUAGGGUAACUUAUAUAUCAAUGUUUUGUAAUCAGAAAAUUAAUCAGAAAUCAACAUCGAAUUGUUUGAGCAAAAGAAAUGUGUGUUAGUGUGUUAGUCUACUGAAGUCUUGUUGAUCAGGGAGUGUGUGCUAGUGCAAUAUGAGUGAAAUCAUCUAGUCACUAAAACAGACAAUUGCUAUAGUCAGAGCUUAAGCCUCAUUUUCACAUAGCAAAUAGAUAUUUCACGAGUAAUGAGGUUGCUAUAGCGACAACUUUUAUUUACCUUUUUCACUAGUCAGUAUUUGUUAUGUUAUUCAUGUUCUUAGACGAGUAACCAAUUAAAUUAUACAUUAUUGUAAUGUGUGUCUAGUCUUCAAUUUCUCAUUCUGAUUCCUGAAGUUUAGUAAGGUUAGAUCAGGCCAAUAUAAUUUAAACUAUGUAAUAGAAAAAUGCCAAAACAAAUAUUUAAUAUAUUAAUAGUAAUCAAUUUUUUUUUGAAAAUAUAUAUAAAAAAAACCCUCUAAAAUCAUGAAAAUAAUUACCAUUUUGAUAACCUCCAGUAAUAAGAAGUCAUCACUAAGCGUUUUUCUUUCGCACUUUUAAAUUGAAGCAUACUGUUCAGUCAAUUUUCACUAAUUAAGUACAGUUUUUUUCUAUUGUCGUUAUUUUUUAAAGCUUCUAUAUUAUAAAAUGUAAAUUUUUAAUCAUCUUUAAUACAAGCACUUUUAUCAAUUCAAAUUUUAUCUAGUUUAGUAAGUGUACAUUCUGAUUUUAAAAAAUGUUAUUUUAUGUUAUUGCAUGUGUACCUGACAGUGACAUCUACAAGGUGAUAAGGCCAAACUGACCAUGUAAAUCACAAGGUAAUUUUGUUAAUCUGUGCACCUGGCUACUCGGAUGGUGCAGUGGAAAUGCACUCCCUAUUCACUUAGGUAACUGAGGUCCACUUUGCCAAUGUAAAAUGGUAUAGUUUAUGUGCACGACCACAUGACUUUUCCCUGGGUACACAGGUUUCCUCCACAGUAAGAGUGAUUACUCUAAAUUAGUAAAACUUGUUUCACAAUUGUUGUAAAAUGAAUAAUGUUCAAUUCCAUUUAAGUUAUAACCAAAUAAAAUACUGGCACGUACCAAUACAGAGAUAAUGAAAUAAAAAUCAAGUGUCUCAUUCAUGAGAAAUCAAAACUUUAGUCAAUGACAAAUAAAAGAUUCAAAUUUCCUGCUGUAGGAGUCCCUGUCAUCAUGAUGUAGUAAUAUUUGUAAUAUUUUGAACAGAGUUUGUUUUUCUGUUGGUUAGUGGGUUGUUACAUUUUGUGUCUCUCUAGUCACUGGUACAACAUGUCACUGAUGUACAGACUCUGACUGGUUGGUUUGUUAUUUUAACCUUCUCUGUUGUACAGAAACUACUAGAUUGUGGACAGAUUAAGAUAAAAUUUCACUAGCUCGGUUUAUAUUUUCAUAACAAAUAUUCAACAAAUGAUUUCGCCCUGAGGGAGCGUCGGACUAGUGGAAUUCUACAUGUCUGUCUGAAGUACAUGCAGUCAGAUUGGAAUGUGCUUAUAAAGUGUAUUAUUUUUCUUUGUGCCAAUGUCCUGUUUACUUCACUGUUACGUCAAGUGCUUAUUAAACUACAAUGAGUUUG